AUGAAAUAAAAAAAUAUAUAAUUAUGAAACCGUAGUCAUUAGAAAAAGUGUUUGGUUCUGGAUAUUGUUCUAAAUAUUGCGUGAAACUUAACAAAUAUCAUCGUGUGCAAUACAAUUUUACGAUAAUAAAGUUGCUAAAAGAAGAAAUAUUAUAUUAUAAGAGUGAAAAAGAAACAAAUUGUAUAAAAAUAAUGGAAGAAAAAUUUGAACCCAGACCGAGGGAAAAUUUGAUUAUAACCAAGAAUGUUGUGAUCAUUGGACUGGCGUUCAUGGUGCAUUUCACGGCGUAUUGUGGUGCUGCAAACCUUCAAAGUUCUAUCAACGCGGAGGAUGGUCUGGGCACGGCGUCGCUGGCGGCCGUCUACGCCGGACUUAUUGUCUCUAACAUGUUCCUACCGGCUAUUAUGAUAAGAUUCCUAGGUCCAAAGUGGACAAUAUGUGCGUCGUUCGUGAUGUACAUGCCGUGGAUCGCGACGCAGCUGUGGCCGCGCUUCUACACCAUGAUCCCCGCAGCCAUCUUGCUGGGUGUCGGCGGCGCGCCGCUGUGGUGCUCCAAGAAGAUUUAUAUAUUGAUCGUAUCGAAAGCGUGGAGUAAAAUAACAAACAUCCCCGUGGACGUGCUGUUCACGCGCCUGCUGGGACUCUUCACGAUGCUGUUCCUCUUCAACUCCAUAUGGGGAAAUCUUCUGUCAUCUUUAGUGAUCUCGUCCGGUGACAAUGAAGCCGCGUACACGUCAGUGAACGCGUCGCUUAUACCCGAGGUAUGCGGCGCCAACUUCAUAGUGGACGAGGACGCGGGGAAUGUGCUAAAGCCGCAGCCUAAGGAGAAGAUUCAGAUGCUGACAGGUAUUUUCCUGGCAUGCAUGGCGGGUGCGGCUCUCAUAGUCGCUGUUGGCGUCGAUUCUGUGAAAAGAUACGAGCUUCUCCUGGACAAGUCGGAGACUGGGACGGGCUCGCUGUUCGGCAUGACUCUGCAGGUGAUGGUGGAGCCGAACCAGCUGAUGAUGAUCACCGUCAACGUGUUCAUCGGCUUCGCGCAGGCGUUCAGCGGCGCGGAAUUUACAGCGGCAUAUGUGUCGUGUGUGAUCGGCACCGGCUCCAUCGGGUUCGUGAUGAUGGGCAGCGGCAUCGCGGAUGCCAUCGGGUGUCUCGUCACUGGAUACUUGUCAAAGAUAACCGGACGCGUACCCCUCAUAACCUUGGCGUUUAUAGUCCAGGGUGCCCUCUACACGUUCAUGCUGACGUGGCGACCGCAGGCCGACCACCAGGCCGUGGUGUAUGGCAUCGCCAUGAUCUGGGGGGCUUGCGACUCCAUAUGGAUCAUCCAGAUUGCUUCAUUUGCCAGCGGUCUUUUCCCUGGCAGAGAAGAAGCGGCGUAUUGUAACUUCAGUCUAUGGGAGUCCAUGGGUUUCAUUAUAGCCUACAUCACUUCUCCCUACCUGAGGAUCAGCACAAAAAUCUACAUCCAGAUUGUACUGAUGGUAGUCGGAGUAGCGUUCUACUUUGUGGUAGAAUAUAGACAGAAGCAGAAGCAGAAGAGAGAGGCUGAAAAAUCCCAAAAGGAAGUAGAGAAAUAUACUGCGUACACAAAUACAGCCUUUAGUGUCAGUGAAUAGUGUAUCGCGCAAAAUGCA